AAAUAAUAUUUAAUUCAUACAUGAGUCUAUUAUCAUAUCAAAUCUAAAUUAUAGAGAUCGUAUCAUGAUUUUUUAUGCGAUCAAGACAUUUCAUGAGACAUAAGACACGAGACAGUUUCGAUUAUGUUUUUUGAGAUGAUGUAGUUCAAUUUUUCAUUAUAACGUGAUGUUUUUUUAAUUAAUAUUUUUAUAUGUUAUAUAGAAAUUAAAAUAAAAAUGUCAAAUUCGCUUGUAAGAAAAGGACUUGAAUUAAUGGGUUGUGAAAAAAGCAUAAAACAAGAAAGAAAGAAAAGAAAACAUAUAAGGUAUAAAGGUGCACUGGAUUUAAUCCCUCCAAAACAUAGGAUAUUAUCUAAAAAUGAUAAAACAGAUCUCGGUACAAUUCUUGGACGAUCAAGUAAAGUAACUGUCUAUGAAACUCAAAAAAAAUUAGCGGCACAAAAAGAUUCUACAGAUAAAAAUAUACAGAAACUUUUAAUACUUAGUAAUAAUCGUAUUGAUCCAAAUACAACAAAUAAGUUAUUGGAGAGAGCCUUGAAAAAGAAAUAUAUUCCAGAAGUAAAAAAACCUAAAGAACCUGAAACUACUGCAUUUACUGAAGAAGAUUUCAAAAAGUUUGAAAAAGAAUAUAUGGAUCAAUAAUAAGUAAAUUGUAUUUUUAUAUUUCCUAAAUUAUCUUAGUUAAACAAGAUUAUUUGAAAAAAAUAUUAUUAAAUUCACUUAAUAAAUUUUAUUUGGUAUUAUAUCAUGAUAUGAUAUUUGUCAUAAAUACAUAAAAACAUUUCUAUAUAUUUUAUCAUAAGUAA